GACUCGGUCUACGACAUCACAGACUUUAUCAUCGACCAUCCUGGUGGCAGCAGGAUCAUGCUCGCGGCUGGGAAGGCCAUCGACCCUUUCUGGCGCCUGUACCAGAUGCACGUUUCCAGGGGCACCGCCGUCAAGCUGCUCGAGCCCAUGAAGAUCGGUAUUCUUGACCCGAAGGAUGUUGCGCAGGCUGCCGCGUCGAGCGACAACGACGACCCCUACCGUCAGGAUCCCACAGACCGCCACCCGGCCCUGAUCUGUCACAGCGACAAGCCCGCCAACAUGGAGCUCCCCGCAGAUCUCAUCUUGGAUAACUGGGUUACGCCGAGCGAUCUGUGGUUUAUCCGACAUCAUCAUCCAGUGCCUCACGUAGAUGUCAACAAAUACCGCCUGGUCUUGGAGGGCAAGGCGGCCAAGCCGCUAAAUAUUGACCUUGAGGACCUGCGGACGCGCUUUCCAGCUCACGAGGUGACGUGUACGAUCCAGUGCGGAGGGAACCGGCGGGAAGAGUACAACAAAAUCGAGGAGACUAGCGGGAUCUCGUGGGGGAGCGGCGCGAUGAGCACCGCCACCUUCAGGGGCGCGCUCCUGCGGGACGUGCUCAUGUACAGUAGCUUGAUGACGCCGAGGGUUGCCGAGGAGGCUGGCGUCAGGCACGUGAUCUUCGAGGGGAUGGACGAGAUGCAGGCGAGCAUCCCGAUCGAGAAGGCGCUGUCCCCGUACGGGGACGUGCUGCUGGCGUACGAGAUGAACGGCCAGACGCUGCCGCCCGAGCACGGCUACCCGAUCCGCGUGGUGGUCCCUGGGCACGUCGGCGUGCGCAACGUCAAAUGGUUGACCAAGAUCAGGACAUCGGAUGAGGAGGCGGUGGGGACCUGGCAGCGGGGCAUCUCGUACAAGGGCCUGUCGCCCUCCGUGAAGAGCGUCCGGGAGUGGACGCAGGAGGACCUGGAGAAGAUCCAGUCGGUGCAGGAGCAGCCGGUGACCUCCAUGAUCCUCGAGCCGAGGGAGGGCGCCGCGUGCGAGCUGGACGACAUCACCGUGAGGGGGUUCGCGUACAGCGGCGGCGGGCGGGGCAUCGUGCGCGUGGACGUGACCGCCGACGGGGGCAGGAACUGGCACACGGCGGAGCUGGGGCAGGGCGCCGAGCAGCACCCGACGAGGGCCUGGGCCUGGACCUUCUGGGAGUGCGAGGUCCCGAAGCCAGAGGCCCGCCCUUUCCCUUCCGCUUUCCUCCUCGUCGCCCCUCCCUUCUCCCCCUCCUCUUCGCUCCCCCACCCCCUUCCUCCAGCUCCUCCUCCCGCUCCCCCUCCCCCUCCCCCUCCCCCUCCUCCUCCUCCUCCUCCUCCUCCUCCUCCUCCUCCUCCUCCUCCACAAUUACUCAAUCUGAAUACUACUCUCCCUCUUCCCGUGAUGACGGUUUGA